AUGAGGAUACGGCUUAAAAGUCCUGACCUUUACGCCAUCGGAUGGAUCGCUGCCCUUCCCAUCGAACGAGUCGUAGCGACCGCGUUGUUGCAUGAUCGCCAUGACGCACCUGAAGGCUUUAGCCAGCAUCGAUCUGACAAGAACUCGUACACGUGGGGCCGGAUAGGCGAACACAACGUUGUGAUCGCCUCGCUGCCUGCAAGAGUCUACGGGCUCGCGUCUGCAGCAACUACUGCAUCGAACUUAGUGCAUUCGUUGCCUCAUAUUCGGAUCAGUCUAUUAGUAGGCAUAGGAGGAGGCAUCGCUCGGCCUAAUGCGGGAUAUGAUAUCCGGCUAGGUGAUGUCGUCGUCGGCCAACCUGACGGUACGAUUGGAGGAGUGGUGCAGUAUGACUUGGGAAACGCGACAGCGAACGGCGGUUGGGAGCGGAAGGGCUCGCUUGAUAAACCGCCUGCGGUACUUCUUCAUGCGCUUGCAAGCUUACAGGCAGAGCAUGAGAUUGCAGGGUCGAAGGUGCCAGAUCUGCUCCAGGCAAUGUUCAAAGCCAACCCUCGCAUGACACGCCCUAAGACAAGCUUCACUUAUCAGGGGGCCGAGAAGGAUCGCCUAUUUAAAUCGCAACAUAACCAUGCCGGUGGCAGUAACUGCGACAAAUGCGACUCUGCCUGGGAAGUAGAACGAGACCAACGAGAGUCAACCGACCCAGAGAUUCACUAUGGGAUCAUUGCCUCUGGGAAUAAACUGAUUAAAGAUGCAGCUAUCCGGGACAGCCUGUUUGAAGAUACUGGACAUCAGUGUCUGUGUGUGGAGAUGGAAGCUGCGGGCCUAAUGAAUCGAUUUCCGUGUCUUGUGAUACGUGGGGUCUGUGACUAUGCAGACUCGCAUAAGAACGAUCGGUGGCAGCGAUAUGCUGCUGCUACAGCGGCAGCGUUUGCAGUGGAGCUGCUUGAGUAUAUUCCGGCUGCACAGCUGGAAGCGACACAGAGAGUUAUUGGAGCUAUUCAAACAUUUAAGCGAAAGGCUGAUACCAUAAGCGCACCUAUUCAAAACGUCAACUACCGAACGGCAUUUGAUCAGCUACCAGUGGCGGAGGGGGCCUCUUUCAACUCCAAGGCAGAAGAACAUAACCCGACAUGCUUGCCUGAUACGCGUGAGGAGCUUCUCAAAGAAAUAGACUGCUGGAUCGAUGACCCCACGUCCAAGACGAUAUUCUGGCUUAAUGGCAUGGCGGGGACUGGAAAGUCUACUAUCUCGCGGACUGUUGCACAUUCGCGAGCGAAGCGAGGUGACCUUGGUGCCAGCUUCUUCUUCAAGAGAGGAGAGAUAGACAGAGGCAACCCGAACAAACUGAUGCCGACUCUAGCCUACCAACUGGCAUUAAGUAUGCCAGAAGUUGCAUUAUUUGUCAAGGAAGAACUUGAUGCUAAUCCAGCUAUUGUGGGAAAGUCUGUGGAAGAGCAGUUCCAAAAGCUCAUCCAGGAACCACUCUCUGAGGCAGCAGCAUCGGCGAAAGUGUUGUCGCCGGUCGUGAUAGUGAUCGAUGCCUUAGACGAGUGUGAUCAAGAGGCUGACAUUAGGUUGCUGAUAAAUAUUCUCUCGCGAGCCAAAACUUCGCUUCCUUACCUCAGGGUGUUCUUGACGAGCAGGCCAGAGCUUUCGAUUCGACUAGGGUUCAGCGAGGCGCAGGGCUCCUAUCAAGACUUAGUGUUACACGAAAUUCCGGCACAGAUAGUUGAGCACGAUAUAGUUGUCUUUCUAGAUGACGAGUUUCGGAAGAUCCGACAUGACUUCAACAUGACUGUAAGCGAUGAACGGAAACUGCCGCCAGAUUGGCCAGGUAGUUCGACAGUACAAAGUCUCGCGCAGAUAUCUGUACCGUUGUUUAUCUACGCAGCGACUAUCUGUCGUUUUAUUGGCGAUAGGAGAUACAAUAGCCCUCCGAUACAGUUGCAUAAGACGCUGGACUACGAGAGUAAAGGUCACGUAUCUCAGUUGGACCGAAUCUAUGGGCCGAUUCUAUGCUCGUUGAUCACUGAUGUCUCAGAAAAUGAUGAAGAGCAGAUCAUCAAAGACUUCAAGAUAAUAGUCGGCAGCAUCGUUAGCCUUGCGAGUCCACUAUCUACAACUGCACUGUCUCAUUUGAUCGAAAUCCCUGCAGAAACUGUGGAUAAAAGGCUAGAUGCACUGCAUUCUGUGUUGAAUAUCCCGCUCAAUCGCAAUCUGCCUGUACGGCUGUGUCAUCAGUCAUUUCGGGACUAUCUCGUUAUAAACGAGAGCGAGUUUCGGAUUGAUGAAAAAGUCGCUCACCAAAAUCUAGCAAGGCAGUGCUUGAGUAUUAUGCGAGGAGCUUUACAUGAGAACAUGUGUGAUCUAUCCUUCUCAGACAUCCACCGAUCUGUGGUUGAUAGUAUAGAGCUUGGGAAGCAUCUAUCCCCGGAACUUCGGUAUGCAUCAAUAUACUGGGUCCAUCAUCAGAUCAAGGUCGACUUCGAUCUCAAUGACGGCCGCGAGAUUCACGAUUUCCUGAAGGCGCACUUUUUUCAUUGGGUGGAGGUGCUUAGUUUGCUAGGCUGGGCCAGCGAUUGCUUCAAAUUAAUCCAGUCUUUAAUUGACUGGCUGAUGAACCGAGAUUUGAGUCUAUCUGACUUUCUGGCUAAUGCACUCCUAUUCCUGGAAACAUAUCUUCCUGUAAUUGUCGAAAAGCCAUUGCAAAUCUAUCCUUCAGCCGUAGCUUUUGCAUGGAGGGAAAAUGAUGGCAAAAAGGCUUUUGAAUUUCCCAUUCCAGGAUUGUCACCUUCUUUGCAUCAAGUUCAAGAAGACCGGGAUGCGCGCUUGAUGCUAGAGACAGUCUCCGAUACCACAGCCUCUGAGGUAUUUGGCCCAGCGUGGUCGGAUCUAGAAAAUUCAACGCACCCAUCCUCAUUUACACAAGAGUUCCAAGAUCGAGGGUCAGGUCGUCGUCCAACCAUGACCUUUCUCGACUACCAAACGUCUGAACCCAAGGGCCAAACUGGAGAUUUGAGAGACUAUGUCCAAUCAGUCAUAUCACUACCUGAUGAUAUUGGUUCGUGGGCUGAACCAGGUCACAAGGUUAACGAGGUUCGGCACGCAGCAGUGACAUAUUUGAUCAAUACAUUGACAGGGAACUCGGAACUGUUUGCGUUAUACAGAGAGGCUACGCAAAAGAUUCAACAAGCGAGAUUCAUCGACAACCAUCGACGUCUGCUGAAAGGGUAUUUCUUGAGACUACGUGAAGAUUGCUACGAGUCUGCUCAACGAUUAGCCAUUGAAAUUUUGCGACCUCGGCAUCUCAGAAUUUUGAUCUCCCAGGGUAUUUGGAAUCUCGCUGUCCCAUCUAAUAAUAACUUUCGAGAGUUAUUCAGCCGAGCUUUGGAGCAAGACAAGGACAAACACCUUAUUCUCAAUCGAUAUUUGGGCGAAGGACCAGGACUUAAAGACCCGGCUGCUGCCAAUUCCUGGUUAGGAAACACCGGUGCAAGUGACCAAGAAUCUAGCAACAGUGACCUUGCCGAAGACGACAAGGCGGAAAAUAUACUAUCUCAUCUAGAAGCGACAAGAGAAUUUUUUAUCACCGGACAGCCCUUUCACGUUUACCAAGAUAGCUUAUAUCAGUUUCUGAAAUCCACAACCACGUUGGCUACAACGCCAGAGUGCAUCACAUCUAGGUCGUACAAUACCUCGACCUUGGACGACAGGUCUGUGGAACUAGGUAUCGUGGCGGAGCAUCACAGAGUUGAACAACAGUCAGGAGCGAAGUACAAGACAUCGGAGCAAGCACCCACCGAGGCAGUUCCAGAGACGGUACAACAGACAGAGGACUUGGCCAAUUACACAAAACCAGGCACCAAAAAGAACGACUUCAGGGCCGAACAUCGCCAACUAAUCGAUGAGAUAGAGGGAUAUACAUUAGAAUCAGGAGCGAAACAGGCAUCGCAGUAUCUUCAUGGACUGGGAAGUCCAACUUCACAAAACAAUACUCAGACUUCAGCAUCAUCCAGUGGCCGACGCGUUCUGGAUGUAGGUAUGGCGAGGAUCUAUGGCAAGAUCCUGACUUUCCUUUCCCGUAUUAGUCUAAGAGAAGAUGAUAUUACCCCUGGUCACCAUCGCAUUAGAUGGAGGAACAAUCGCGGCAAACUACUUCACGAUGAUUACAUAGAGCAUGAAGCAGGCGCAUUGCGAGCUCUAGAAGACUAUUUAAACUCACUAGCAUACUCGCCAACAACCAGCUCCACGAGCGGAAGGGGUUCAAACCCCACAACUUCAGUCUCUGCUGGGUCUUUUGACAACUAUGCGCAGGCGAACACAUCUGAAUCUGGUGACAUAGCAGAUCAGUAUUCGAGAAGCGCCGCGAAUACGGGAUGCAGUUCUUUUCAGAAAGAUUUAGAAAUAGGCAAAUUGUCUACGAGCACUCUUCACGUGCUAUCUUGCAUGACUUCGCGAAAAUAUACCAUUAUUCUUCAUGAAGAAUCGGUUACACAUAUUACAAACGAUCGACAACUGUUCCAAACCUUACGAGAGAGGUAUUUUGAGCACAUAGGAAGGCUCAAACGGCACUGGUCACUGCGAACAAUUAACGCAAUCCACUUUAUGAAGGUACUCGAACACCGAGCUUAG